CACGGCAUGUUGUCAAAAGAGAAAAGAUGGCGUCGGUGUCUGAGAUGUAUGAUGUUGGCUGGGAAGAGAUGAGAGACAAACUGCGAAAAUGGAGAGAAGAUAACAGUAGAAAUAGUGAACAAAUUGUCGACGUUGGUGAAGAACUCAUCAGUGACCAUGCAUCCAAACUGGGAGAUGACAUAUGGAUUAUUUAUGAGCAGGUGAUGAUCGCAGCGCUGGACUGCAGUCGCGAUGACUUGGCGUUGACCUGUCUACAGGAACUGAGGAAGCAGUUUCCAGAUAGCCACAGAGUGAAGCGAUUAACAGGCAUGAGACUGGAAGCCUUGGAAAGGUAUGACGAUGCAAACAAACACUAUGAUGCCAUUCUCCAAGAUGACCCCACCAACACGGCAGCAAGAAAGCGAAAGAUUUCCAUACUCAAGGCCCAGGGGAAGAGCGUUGAAGCCAUCAGGGAGCUCAAUGAGUAUUUGGAACAGUUUGUUGGUGACCAAGAAGCUUGGCAUGAGCUGUCUGAGCUCUACAUCAAUGAACAUGACUAUGGAAAAGCUGCGUUUUGUCUGGAAGAGCUGAUGAUGACCAAUCCCCACAAUCACUUGUACUGUGAGCAGUACGCUGAGGUGAAAUACACUCAAGGCGGCCUUGAGAACUUGGAGCUGUCAAGAAAGUAUUUUGCCCAGGCUCUGCGGCUGAACAACCGAAACAUGAGGGCACUGUUUGGACUAUACAUGUCUGCAAGUCACAUCGCUGCCAGCCCCAAAGUUAGUGCCAAGGUGAAGAAAGACAACAUAAAGUACGCUGCUUGGGCUGCCAACCAAAUAAACAGAGCAUAUAAGCUGGCCGGUCGGGGGUCCAAGGAGAACAAGUGCUCGGUGAAAGCUGUCGAGGAGAUGCUGGAGUCCAUGCAGAUCACCAUGUCGUAGACGUGUGUUCACACCUUCCCGUGCUCACUAAUCCCUUUCUGUUUGUCUCCGUCACACACAACUAUGAUUUCAGAAAUGUCCUGCAGCACAAGAAGCCAUCCAACAGACCCUCAUGUUGUACAUACUGUUGUUUUGACCCUCCUCCAUGUCCUGAUACGACUAAUGACAAUGUGAGACUCCUCGUAGUCAUGUUUGGGACAGAUGACGUGUACAGUAAAUACUAUUUAUGAAGAGCUGUGAAGGUCGCAACUCUCUGCACACAGUCCUCCACUGUUUCCCUGAUCUUGUCUCUAGAGGCACAUUUUUGUUUGAAAUCAUUUCCAAAUGUCUUAAUAAAAGUCUUAUUUGA